UAGCCAUGUCUGCAGCAGCUGGAGAGGGAUGCUCCCUGCGGUGGGGGCAGAGAGGCCUGGGCUCCAGGAGGGGAGGAGGAAUAAGCUGGGCCAAAUGGUCAGAGCCGUCUCUGGAGCCUGCAACUAUUUCCAGUCGUCUCUGGGGGCCUAUUCGAAACCCCAGGAUGUUCAAGCUGGAUAGCACCAGCUCUGUUGGCUGCUUGUCAAGAGGCUGACUUGUCACUUGGGAGUGCUGCUACAUACAUUGCAAAUCAGAAUACACACUCAGCCAAUGCUCUCUUUAAUGUUUUCCAUCCAUGUGCAGAAUAAAUUUUAUGUGCACAAAGGCAUGUGCAGAUAUGCAGGAACGGCAGAAAAACAUGCUGCCAGCUAUAGAAAUGGUUUAAACAAGAAAAUCAAGCAUCCCAAAAUCAAAAGUGAAAAAACCAUGCAAAGAAUGUAAAUAUAUUUGAAGAGUUGGCUGAGGAAUCCUUUGAGGAGGUGUGAAUGGAGUCUGAAUAUCUGAAGAGAUGCCUAGGGAUAUGCUUGGCAAAGGGACUUGCAGAGGUGGUAGAGCACCGUCCCAUAGACCCAAUAGAAUACCUAGCAUACUGGAUUUACAAAUAUAGGAGAAAUUUAGAUGAAGAACAACAGAGGAAACAAGAGAACGAUGAAUUGGUGCAACAGCGUGAGGAAGCCAUGAAAGAACUGGAAAUGGUAGGAAAAAUGAAGGAAGAAGAACUCAUGAUCCAGCAGAAAUUUGCAGAGGAGCAGCAGGCUCAGGUGGACCAAGAACAUGAAGAGGUUCAACUGGAACAAGAAAGUGUAAAGGAAGAGAAAGCAAAAGAAGAACUGGUUUUGCAGCAGAGAGCUGAAGAGGAAACAGAAGAGAAAUCAAGGACAUUAGCUGAGCUUACAGAUAGAUUUGGAGCCCCUAAUUUGACACGAGUUGAGGAGAUAGAUGAGAGUGGGCAAUCUGAUGCUGCACUGAAUCUCAUGGCUGAAUCAGAGGAAGAAAACCUAAUUGAUACAAAAGUUGAUUCCUGAAGUUUAGUGACUUUCUGUAAUUGUGUAUUUAAUACACGGAGAAUGAAUUUAUCAAUGAUACUCGGGGAGGGGAGUGUGUUGAAAAUUAGAUAAUAAAACGUGUUCAGGCUGCUAAUUUAAGGUGAAUAUUAUAAAAUAAAAAUCAAACUCUAGGAAAAAUGGAUUUGACAUGCUCCUGAUUACGAAUGCAUUCUAUACAUCAGGUUGUAAAUACUGUAUCUAGUUUCACUGGAACCAGGAGAGACCAAUAAUCUCCUCUAAAGCUGAUACACUGAAUUCCAUGUAGUUUACUAAAUAUGAAACUUUCAGACAAGUAUCCCCAAAGCUAAUAUCCUGAUCUUCAUGAAUAUUAAAUAUUGUUGGGGAAAUCUCGCUCCCCUGGGGUACAGAGUCCCCAGAAAGGUCCGAGGCUGGAGGUCAAAACAGUGAGGCAGGAGAGAAAUCUAGAAGGAAAACUUUAUUAU